GGCUCCCGGGACUCGGGUGGCAGCGAGAUGUCUGGGGCUGAGUGGGAGCGACCUUUUAAAGAACUUUUGGGGAUGGGGAGGGUGAAGUCUACACAGCGCGUCGUACUUUUCAAACUUGCUGUUUCCCGGAGUCGAGGACCCGAGCGCCCUGCGCCGCGCUGCGUGCUCUCGGGGCGGUGGGGCUGGCCCGGGAUGAGCUGGGCAGCCCUCUCCCCUCGGGCUGCGCGCCGGGCCGCUCCUCCCCCUCCCCCUCCCCCUCCCCUUCCUCCGCUCCUUUCCCCUUCCCGAGCGGCCGGCUCUGCCAACUAGCUCCCAGCGCGAGCCGCCGCGGCCGCCGCAGCGCCCCGCCGCCGGGACCUGAUGCUCAUCCGUAGUAGCCGUCCGAGCGCAGGAAUCCGGCCCGACCCGCGCCGCCGCGCCCGCCGCGCAAUUUAUUUUUAACGACCACUGCGGGGACUCGGAUGGUGCACGCACCGCCGCCUGAAACAUCUUCCCAGGGUUGCUCUCCAUCUUCCGCCCUCGCUCCCCCGACAUCCUCCCCCCCUAUGUGGGAGGGGAAACUUUUCUCCUACAUACUUUCGAGUCCCUCUCGGGCCGAGCAGCGCGGAGAUGACGGCGCCCGCCUGCUGCCGCAAGGUUGCUCCUGCUCUGCUCCAGAGGUGGUGGCUUUGAGGCGCGACCCUGCACACAUUUGGGCCCAGCCAGUGCCAGCUCCUCAGUAAGGAGGCCAGUGUGAUAAGACCAAAAAAAAAACAGUGUCAACGAGUGAUAUCAAGACAAGAAAAAAGGAGUGAAGCACAGACUCAUUUCCUACUCUGCGUGGAUGAUAGCUAUAGCAAGGAGAAAUCUCAUAGUAUAUCAGUUGGGGCAGAAAAUGGAGUUCUAUGGCAGAGGCUUCUUAGACGCAUAACCCUUGUCCCAAUGACGUCAAGUUCGCCCAUUGGCUUGGAAGGUUCAGACUUGUCUUCCAUCAACACCAUGAUGUCAGCGGUAAUGAGUGUAGGGAAGGUCGCCGAGAAUGGCGGGAGCCCACAGAGCAUCAAGUCCCCCACGAAGCCACCAGGACCAAAUCGGAUUGGCCGAAGGAACCAGGAAACGAAAGAGGAGAAGUCUUCCUAUAACUGUCCCCUGUGUGAAAAGAUUUGCACUACACAGCAUCAGUUAACUAUGCACAUUCGUCAGCACAACACGGACACUGGAGGGGCAGACCAUUCAUGCAGCAUCUGCGGGAAGUCGCUGAGCUCAGCCAGCUCCCUGGACCGCCACAUGCUGGUGCACUCUGGCGAGAGGCCUUACAAGUGCACUGUGUGUGGCCAGUCUUUUACCACCAAUGGGAACAUGCACAGACACAUGAAGAUCCAUGAGAAGGACCCUAACAGUGCCACAGCUGCAGCCCCUCCAUCCCCGCUGAAGCGCAGGCGGCUGUCCUCCAAAAGGAAAUUCAGUCACGAUGCCGAGUCAGAGAAAGAAGACCCAGCUCCUGCUAAUAAAAAGAUGGUGGAAGGUGGGCACUCAGGUGACUUGAAGACGAAGGCUGAUGAAGUAUUUCACUGCCCAGUAUGUUUCAAGGAGUUUGUUUGCAAGUAUGGACUGGAGACCCACAUGGAGACCCACUCAGAUAAUCCACUAAGAUGUGACAUCUGCUGCGUCACCUUUCGGACACAUCGGGGAUUGCUGCGCCACAAUGCACUUGUCCACAAACAGCUUCCCAGAGAUGCGAUGGGAAGGCCUUUCAUCCAGAACAACCCUUCCAUUCCUGCUGGCUUCCACGACUUGGGAUUCACUGACUUCUCCUGCAGGAAAUUUCCUCGGAUUUCUCAGGCCUGGUGUGAGACCAACCUGCGCAGGAGCAUCAGCGAGCAGCACCGUUUUGUCUGUGACGUCUGUGACAAGGCAUUCCCCAUGCUGUCCUCGCUCACCCUGCACAAGCAGUCCCACAUCACUGGGGACCAGGGACGGGAAAGGCUGCAAGCCAAGAUCGUAUCUGGUGACACCCUGGACCAGAAGGUUUUCCUGGCCUUGCUGGGCCUGCAGCACACCAAAGAUGUCAGGCCUAUCCUGGCCGAGGAGCCCCUGCCAGAUGACAACCAAGCAAUACAGCUCCAGACACUCAAGUGUCAGCUACCUCAGGACCCUGGCUGCACCAACAUGCUGAGGCUGUCUCCUUUUGAAGCCUCUUCCCUGGGCGGUUCUCUCACGGUCCUCCCAGCUACCAAGGAGAACAUGAAGCACCUGUCUCUGCAGCCCUUCCAAAAAGGCUUCAUCAUCCAGCCUGACAGUAGUAUUGUGGUCAAGCCCAUCUCCGGGGAGUCGGCCAUUGAGCUGGCUGACAUCCAGCAGAUCCUGAAGAUGGCAGCCUCAGCACCCCCUCAGAUCAGUCUUCCACCUCUAUCCAAGGCCCCUGUCACCCCUUUGCAGGCGAUUUUCAAACACAUGCCCCCUCUGAAGCCAAAGCCCUUGGUCACACCACGGACAGUGGUAGCCACCUCAACACCACCCCCUCUCAUCAAUGCUCAGCAGGCCUCCCCCGGCUGUAUCAGUCCCAGCCUGCCCCCGCCACCCCUGAAGCUCCUCAAAGGCUCAGUGGAGGUGGCCUCCAAUGCCCACCUGCUGCAGGCCAACUCUGGGGCCCAGCCACACACGGCCAUGCAGCUAUUCCUGCAGCAGCCAGGCAUGGAGCUACCGGCCCAGGCGGAGAUGAAGACACAGUUGGAGCAGGACAGCAUCAUUGAGGCCCUGCUGCCACUGAGCAUGGACACCAAGAUCAAGCAGGAGAUCACAGAGGGAGACCUCAAGGCCAUCAUGACGGGUCCCGGCAGCAAGAAAUCUCCAGCCAUGCGCAAGGUGCUCUACCCGUGCCGAUUCUGCAACCAGGUGUUUGCCUUCUCGGGGGUGCUGCGUGCGCACGUGCGCUCCCACCUGGGCAUCUCUCCCUACCAGUGUAACAUCUGUGACUACAUUGCAGCCGACAAGGCUGCGCUCAUCCGCCACCUGCGCACACACAGCGGUGAGCGGCCCUAUAUCUGCAAGAUCUGCCACUACCCCUUCACUGUCAAGGCCAACUGUGAGCGGCACCUGCGCAAGAAGCACCUCAAGGCCACCCGCAAGGACAUUGAGAAGAACAUCGAGUAUGUGACCAGCAGCGCGGCUGAGAUGGUAGAUGCCUUCUGUUCCCCAGACACAGUGUGCCGGCUGUGCGGAGAGGACCUGAAGCACUACCGCGCCCUGCGCAUCCACAUGCGCUCGCACUGUGGCCCCGGCCUGGGCAGCUACCCCAAAAGCCACAAGCCUUUCGAGUGCAAGGAGUGCAGCGCCGCCUUCUCAGCCAAGCGCAACUGCAUCCACCACAUCCUUAAGCAGCACCUGCACGUGCCAGAGCAUGACAUUGAGAGCUACGUCCUGGCAGCGGAUGGCCUGAGCCCCAAGGAGACCCCCUCUGCCGAAGCCUCGGGGAGGAUGGAGGAGGGCAGCGGGGCUUUUGGUGAGCACAGAUCCCUUGCCACCUUCCUGGAGUCCCAGAACGGCUAUCUUCAUGGGAACCCCACCCAGCCACCACCCCCCCAUGUCACCAUCAAGUUGGAGCCCACCAGCAACUUCUCAGUAGACUUCAAUGAGCCCCUGGACUUCUCCCAGAAGGGCCUGGCCCUGGUCCAAGUGAAGCAGGAAAACACAGCCUUGUUCCUGAGCCCUUCUUCCUCAGCCCCGUAUGACUGCUCCAUGGAGCCCAUUGACCUGUCUGUCCCCAAGAACUUCAGAAGAGGAGACAAGGAUUCUGCUGCUCCUGGUGAAGCCAAGAAGCCUGAGCAAGAACCAGGGAGCAGGGAGCAAUCCUCUCCCUGUCCACCCCUGUGCCCUACUCUGCCAGUGACCUUGGGCCCCAGCGGGAUCUUGGAAAAACCUUUGGCCCUUUCAGCAGCAGCCUCGGCAGCCACUGCUCCAGAAAGCCAUGCUCAGCCGCUGCAGGGCUCCGUUCAGGUCGCUGUCCCCAUUUACCCAUCAGCCGUCAUCAACAGCUCCCCUCUCUUGGGCAAUUCCGCCCUCAUAAGCAGCCCGGCCUUGUUGCGGCCCCUACGUCCCAAGCCCCCCUUGCUCUUGCCAAAGCCACCGGUGACAGAAGAGCUUCCCCCACUGGCCUCCAUCGCCCAGAUCAUCUCAUCUGUGUCCUCAGCCCCCACCUUGCUGAAAACCAAGGUGGCUGACCCAGGGCCCACAAGCACUGGCAGUAACACCACAGCUUCGGACAGCUUAGGAGACACCGUCGCCAAAGCGGCCAGUGCCCCCACCAACACCACCAGCCCAAAAGAACCCAGCGACCCACCCACUGCUGCCAGCAGUCCAGAGGAGGCUUCGCCCACGGAGCAGGGGCCAGUCGGCUUGUCAAAGAGGAGGGGCCGGAAAAGGGGGCUGAGGAGCCGACCACGCACCAGUAGUGGUGGGGUGGACCUGGACUCCAGCGGGGAAUUUGCCAGCAUUGAGAAGAUGCUGGCCACCACAGACACCAACAAGUUCAGUCCAUUCCUGCAGACAGCGGAGGAUGAUGCUCAGGACGAGGCGGCCAGCGCUGCCACUGACCACAAUGGGCCCAGUGAUGAAGAACAGGGCGGCCCCCCGGAAGACAAGCUGCUGAGGGCAAAGCGGAACUCCUACGCCAACUGCCUGCAGAAGAUCAACUGUCCCCACUGCCCCCGCGUCUUCCCUUGGGCCAGCUCCCUCCAGAGGCACAUGCUGACACACACUGGUCAGAAACCCUUCCCUUGUCAAAAAUGCGAUGCCUUCUUUUCCACCAAAUCUAACUGUGAACGCCACCAGUUGCGCAAACACGGAGUUACCGACUGCUCCCUGAGAAGAAAUGGGCUUGUUCCCCAGUGCAAAGGGAGUGCUGUUGGACCCCAUGACAGCACAGACAGCCAGUCGGACGUGGAGGCGUCAUCCGCAGGAGGCGAAGUGCUGGACCUCACCUCUCGGGAGAAGGACCAGCCGUGGUCCGAGGGGGCCCCUGAGCCCAGCCAGGUCAAAGAAGAGCUCCCUGUAGAGGAGCUGACUCAGGGAGUGGCUGAGCCUGUGGAUGGGGAGGAGCGGGGAGCCGAGGAGAGCCCAGAGGCUGAGGGGAGGCACAGUGCAGAGGACAGGGAGGAGGACGCGGACGGCCCGGAGGAAGACACAGUCAGCAACAAGAGCCUGGAUCUCAAUCUUGCCAGCAAGCUGAUGGGUUUCAAGCUGGCCGAGGGGGGCUCGGGUGCUGUGGGCAGCGGAGGCCCGGCCCCACAGGACCAGAAGCACACCUGCAACACCUGCGGCAAGAGCUUCAAGUUCCUCGGGACCCUGAGCCGCCACAGGAAGGCCCAUGGCCGUGAGGUGCCCAGGGAAGAGAGUGCGCUCCCGCGGGAGAGCCAGAGUGAGAGUGGGGUGGCCGAGGGGUCGAUGCCUGUCCCCGCUGCUGUCACCCCUGCGCUGGAGCCGGAGGAGAAGCCUGAGCCCCCGGCCGAGGGGGAGGCCAUGUCGGAAGGCGGGUCAGAGAAGCGGAGUGAGGAGGCUGAGGGCACCUCUGAUGGGGAGGGCACAGCUGAGAAGAAGUCCUCAGAGAAGAGUGACGAUGACAAGAAGCCAAAGACAGACACCUCCAGAAGUGUGUCCAGCAAGGCAGACAAGAGGAAGAAGGUCUGCACCGUGUGCAACAAGAGGUUCUGGUCUCUGCAGGACCUGACCCGGCACAUGCGGUCCCACACGGGAGAAAGGCCAUACAAAUGUCAGACAUGUGAGCGAACCUUCACCUUGAAGCACAGCCUGGUUCGCCAUCAGCGGGUCCACCAGAAAGCCAGGCACGCCAGACAUCACGGGAAGGACAGUGACAAGGACGAGCGGGGUGAGGAGGACAGUGAGAGCGAGUCCACCCACAGUGGCAACAACCCUGUCUCGGAGAACGAGGCCGACUUGGCUCUGCCCGCCAGCAACCAUGUGGCUGUCACCCGGAGCCGGAAGGACAGUCUGGCCAAGGACACCAGCCGCAGGGAGGACCGGGCCAUGGGUCGGACGGCUAGUGCCAUGCAGGCUGAAGCCGGCAGGGGUGCGCCCAAGGCCGUUCCUCCGGGCAGCCCCAAGGAGCAGGCGCCUCAGGGUGACCCUGACCCAGAGAGCCCGGUGGCCCUCGUGCAAGACCUGCUGGAGCUGAAUGGCAAGGGCCCUGCCCACCCCGGCCUGGCCACCGACGGCGCCUCGCCACUGCUGGGGAUGGAGUGAUGGCCCCUGCUGCCCCGGCACACAGACAGGCAGCAGGGCACAGUGCCCCAAAUCGACGUUUCAGCAGGUUCCCUGGGGGCCCCUCCGCUGUUGGAGAGAGGCCAGCCGCAGAGGGCCCGCCCCCUCGGUGCCUGCGCAGGAGACCAGCACAGACAGUUCGAGUGCCUUAACUACUUACCGGUCCUUCAGUGUCAUCCUGGAUGUUGUAUUGUCCCAGAUGACUUUAAAACACAAAGCAAAUAUUGUGAUGAAUUAUUUGGAGAGAACCUUCCAUUUAAGCAUCAACGUGACCUUCUGUGUUGCUGUGUGAGAGCUCAACUCAGCAAGUCUGUGAUAGUAAUGUCUGUUCUGUGAGCCAGAAGCAGAAGAAAAAACGUGCCCUGGGACACCCACAGCCAAUAACUGGAAGAAAGUGAUGUGAAUUUCAUGUAAAUUACCAGGGGUAAUGUGGAUAAAAUGCUCAUUUCUAAAAUAGACUUUUUUUUUGGUCUGCUAUGUGGUGGUGGAGCUGUAACUUCGUCCUGGGUGUUGCAGAGUGUCGUUGAUGGAGGUUCCCAGUUUGGCUCAGGCUCAAACCAGGACAGAUUCUAGCAUCCACCUCAUACCUGUUCCCACUCUUUCAGCAUUAGACAAGCUGUUUUCUGUUCAAGACACUCAAGACAUUUGUUCUUAACUUACAGAGAAGAGUUACCCCAGCAACUUAAUGUAUGGAGAACACACACAGACGUCAUGUAUCUGGUUUCCCCCUUUCGGUAUAUAUAUAAUUAAUAUUAUUAUUAUUAUUAUUAUUAUUAUUAGUUCAUCAGUUUGCUGGUCUCUGCAGUCAGCAGAAACAAAUGGGCAAUAUUUGUCCUGGAGACCUGGGUGCCUGGGUCACGCAUAAGCAUCUGCCCGUAGCUUUCCUUGCCACCCGAGGGUGGGAGCUCUUCUACUGUACUCAGACAAGCCUUUCUUCCGUGACUGCAGACUCCAGCAGGUUCUCCACGUGUGGCUGAGGAGCAGCUCAGAGGGGAGAGGAGGGCACAGCGCCCGGGGCUUCCGAGGAAGCCAGGCCGUGAGGAGACCUGCCACUCACUGGUCUUCUGCCAAACCCAGCCCAGCCUUCCCCGCGUGUGCUACUGUCAUUUGCAAAGCGAGAAAAUACUACUACUGGUAAUAAAACUGCACAUGCAAGAUUGAAGACAAGACAUAGAUAGAUUUAUAUUUACCUUCCUGCGAUUUGGGAUUGGUGCUUGAAAAUAAACGUCGUUUCUAGUUUCUGAAAUAACGAACCCCCGGGUGAAAAAAGGCAGGGUUUUUUUGGUUUUGUUUUUGUUUUUUGUUUUUUGUUUUUUUGUUUUGUUUUGUUUUUUAAGCAUCCUAUGCAGGCAACAGACUUCCCUCGCUGCAGGUGCCAGCAGUGAAAAGAAAUAUAUCCUACUGUAGCUGAGAUUCUUCAGCAUCCGGCCUGCAGCUGGGACCCCCAAGACGCCGAGGCCUAGUGCUGCCGGGCUCUCUGUGCUGCUCCACCCCUCAGACCCUCCUGCCUCGCCCCCGGGGAACCCCCGAGUGCCCCUGCCUCCCUCCCCAGGGCCCUGAGUGCACCUCCUUCACACUCUUAAGUGUGCAGCAGAGGCACACGGACCCUUUUCUCCCACUUCCUCACCAGUUGCUGGUGGCCAAAAUCCAACCACCCAGACUUCAAAGGAAGAUACAUAGUCUUGAAUUAAUGGGAAGUGAUAUCUUUGCAUGUGAAAGGAAAGAAGUCGAGGUAUAUAUAAAACUUUUAACUGUAUUAGGGAUGUAUGAACCAGUCUCAGAACGAGGUGGUUAUUUGCUCUAGGUGAAUGCACAUCAGAACCAAGGAUCCCUGUGUCACUUCACACCCAGUGUGGUCUGCUCAGUUAAAACAGCCAGUCCAUGCAUCCCUUUGUUUUUUAUGACGAUUGUUGUUCUUUUUGUUGUUAUUAUUUGGGGUUUCUAGUUUUGUUUUGUUUUGUUUUGUUUUCCUUUGCAACUCUCCACGCUAAAACUCACAACAUUGUGGAGAGAAGCCGUGACUUAACUCGAUGCUGCAGUGAGAUGCAGCAGGAACCGCCCCAGCCGUGCAGCGGGGGUUGCCGCCCGCAAUAAUCACUAUUGAUUGAAAGCUUUAUUUAGCCUUCCUCUGUGCCCUCUUAGUCAAUAAGGUCUUGCCACAUUUUAUUAGUGAGGCUGAGAAAUGUAUUGUUUGUUGUUCUGCCCCCUUCCCCUGUAUUAAACUGUGAAAUUUGUGAUUUGUUUAAACUCUGGGUGAAUCAUAGCUUAGUUGCAUGUCCAGCUAAUUUGUUUCUAUACAUUUUGUUUGAUUCUCUUUCUCCUCUCAGGGCUUUUACAAAAAAUAUAUAUAUAUGGAUCUUCUGAAAAGUUUUUUGAGGUGCAAGUUUCUCUCUUGUUUUUCUCUUUGAUUUGUGGACACAGUGCUGAGAUUCAAUCACUACAUGAGACUUCUGGCUGUGAAAACGAAACAAAACACCCAGGCGGCUGUUUUCGCCAGCAGCCCCAGGGAAGCUACGUGACAGUCGGUUGCCAGUUUCAGAAAGAUUCGUCCUACCCUCGACCCUCUGUUUGUCUUUCUUCUCCUCUCUUUUCUUCAAGAAGGAAGUUGAUCCUAGCGAUUUCAGCCCAUGCAUUAAACAGGAAACAAUAAUAAGUAUGUAGAAUUCAUAUUUUUCUAAAGGGAACUUAAAAACUGCUGCUACAUAUUAUGUACAAAACUGGUUUAUGCCACAUGAACAGAAUCACAAGUUUAGUUUUGGUACUUUUGUUCCUCUUUGUAUUCAGUUGUAUAGUACUUUCAAAUUCAAAAUGAGAAGAAAAGCUGUUCUGUAUCAAACCAUCUAAGCAAUAAAUGUUAUAUUUUUAAAAUGGCA